AUGGGGAAGAUUGAGUGGGCUAUGUGGGCCAAUGAGCAGGCUCUGGCUGCUGGACUGAUUCUCCUUACUGGAGGCAUUGUGGGGGUGGCAGGGCUGUUCAGAGGCUGGCAGUUUGCUGCCUAUGCUGUGGCAGCUGGUGUGUUUAUAUGUCUGCUUGAAUACCCAAGAAGCAGAAGGGCAAAAGGCACAGGUGUUGAACGGAAGGGACAGUACUGUUUCACUGUGUGCGUGAAAGCUUUUGGGCCUCUGACAAGGAACUACUACGUCAGAGCCUUUUUACAUGCUGCGUUGUGUGUUCCAGCUGGGUUCAUGCUUGCUACUGUCUUAGGAUGCGUCUGCCUUGGUAUUGCCAGCCUCAUCUACCUCUCGGCGGCCAUCCAUGGAGAACAUUGGGAACCCAUUCUCCCAAGAGUGGAAGUCAGGAGGCCAGCUCCAAGUAUUAAGAAUCCCCCUCAAAAUCCUCCUCCAAGACCUCCACCAGAGAUGCGUAGGAAAAAUAUUGAUGACCUGGAGGGUGCCUCUUAUGACAACCCAAUGGCUGUUUUUGAUGAGAAGUAA